CUGAGGUCCAAUCCACCAAUCAAGCCGCCGUGACAAUGGAUCCUGCCUCGUUUUUCGAUCCGAACCUGACCCAGUCCGAUCGGCUGGUCCUUCGGAACCUGCUCGACGACGCCCAGACCAGCGCGUUACGCCCGUCGCCGGAAGGGCCUGACGGAGAUGAGAGCAACGUGCGACGUAGGACGGCGGCUCCCCAGGAGACCCCGGAUGCCGUGGAUUCCGAUGCAGGGGCCCUGGACAAGCUGCGGGCCCUCAACGACCCCGAGCACCCGGACUUUGUGCCCACCGUGUUCGUCACCUGGGACUUGGACAGUCUGAAUCUGCCCUCCUGGCUACAUCGAUGGGUGCUGCAGCCCUAUAUCCGCGUUGCCCGCCGACUCGUGCGCGUGGAAACCGACGUCGUGAUGCUGACCCAUCUGCUGCUGUACUUCACCACCUCCGUGCCCAGCGCCGUGAUGCUGUUCCGGCACUUCACCUGGAUCCACGGCGUGCUGCAUUGGAUCAUGCAGUCCUACUACGUCGGCACCUACACGCUGAUGAUGCACCAGCACAUCCACAUGGGCGGCAUCCUGAAGCGAUCCCCCGCCCUGGCCUGGUUCGACAAGCUGUUCCCCUAUCUCACCGACCCCUUGAUGGGCCACACCUGGAACACCUACUACUACCAUCACGUCAAGCAUCAUCACGUCGAGGGCAACGGGCCCGACGAUCUGUCGUCCACCAUCCGAUUCCAGCGCGACCAGCUGGGUGACUUCCUCUGCUACGUCGGCCGCUUCUACUUCUUCAUCUGGUUGGAGCUGCCGCUGUACUUCCUGCGCAAGGGCAAGGUCUACUUCGCCGUCAAGGCGGCCCUCUGCGAGUGUCUCAACUAUACCGCCAUUUACCUAUUCUGGAAAUAUGUCGCCUGGAAGCCCACCCUGUUUGUCUUCCUGCUGCCCCUGCUGCAGUUGCGCGUCGGCCUGAUGGUGGGCAACUGGGGGCAGCAUGCAUUUGUCGACGAGGUCGAUCCGAACUCCGACUUCCGCUCCAGCAUCACCUUGAUUGACGUUGCCAGUAACCGUUUCUGCUACAACGACGGAUAUCACACCUCUCACCACCUUCACCCGCGCCGCCACUGGCGCGAGCACCCCAACGCGUUCCUGCAACAGAAGGAUCGCUACGCGGCCGAACAUGCCUUGGUCUUUCGCAACAUCGAUUACAUCAUGAUCACCAUCCGGCUGCUGCGCAAGGACUACAUGCACCUGGCAAAAUGCCUGGUUCCUAUGGGAGAUCAGGUUGGCAUGACCCUGGAAGAAAUUGCCGCCAUGCUGCGCACCAAGACCCGGCGGUUCAGCGAAGCCGAAAUUAAGGAAAAGUUCCCGGCCAGCCAAUAGGGCCCAUAUACCCGUCCUCCUGGCCCCCCUUCGUUUGGUCAAUGAAUCUUCAUGUCGUUGACGUGAUGCUCAUAGACUAGACGUCUCCGUUAUAUGCUUAGACCUUUUUUUGCCGAUAGACGCAUGGGUAGCGUCCAUGCAUGUAUAUAGAUAUACAUAGAUCUCUCGAAUUUUAGCAGCUACUAUCAUGUUGG